CUCGAGCGACAAUAUUCAUAUAUUUGGUGGACAUCAUGGCUUUAGCAGCGAAUCUACUGGUUUUUGUGGUUGCCGUUGGAUUGAGCUGGGGAUUGCCGACAGGAAGUCUUCCCGGGGGUGGAGAACCGGCUGUUCCACCGCAGAUCAAGUUCAUUGAGGCCGUUGACGAGGAUUAUAAUCGCAAGGAAAUUUAUGAGAGAGUGAAGUCAUGGACUCCAGAGGACAAGGAGAACGUUUGGGAGUUGAGUGGACUCCUCGAGGGAGACAUAAUGCCAAAUCCCCAAAAGAAUGGUCUCCUUGAAGAGGCCAGGAGGUGGCCCGGUGGCAUCGUUCCCUUCUACAUUCAGGAGGAGGACUUUGGUGAGGAGAAUAUCGCGGCGAUUAAGGCCGCCAUCGCAGAGUACCACGAAAAAACCUGCUUGCGGUUCAGAGCCUACAAUAAGUCUGACAAGGACUACGUUGUAUUUCAAGGAAGUGCGUCGGGGUGUUGGUCAUCGGUGGGAAGACAGGGAAAAGGUCAAGUGAUAAACCUGCAGAACCCCGGUUGCCUUAAGCAUGGCACUAUUAUUCAUGAAAUGCUGCAUGCCCUCGGGUUUUAUCAUCAGCAGAGCAGCGCUGAUAGGGACGAUUAUGUUCAAAUUGUCUGGGAUAAUAUUUCGAAAGGAAAAGAACACAACUUCGAUAAAUACAGCAGCAAAGUUGUGACUGAUUACGGAGUGGGUUACGAUUACGGAAGUGUAAUGCACUACAGUGGAAGAGCAUUCACAUCGAAUGGAAAAGCCACGAUUGUUCCACUCAAAGAGGGAGUGACUAUUGGACAGCGCAAUGGCUUCAGCAAGAAGGAUAUCAGUAAAGUACAAACCAUGUACAAGGAGCAGUGCAGAAUACGGGAUGAGAAUGAGAAGAGCAGUGAGUCUGUCGAUAAUGCUCUGAACUGGAUAUUUCCAUGAAUCUUUUAAGAUAAAUUAACACGUAACAAAUUGACUGAUACUGAUUCGAUUAUAACAUUGUAAAAAUCUAGUUAAUUACACUUACUAAUUAUACUUGUAAAAUAUACUAUUUAAUGUAUUAAAAUAACUGAUAUGAUAAUUAA